CGAUGAUGCUGAUGAUAAUGACGAAGACGACGACGACGACGAGGUGGAUGAGGAGGAGACUGAUGAUUAAGAGUAAAGCAAAUAUGGUAGCUGCUGCUUCUGUUCGGCACUGCUGCUGCUAGAAUCUCAAUUAUCUCAGCUAAAAGCUCGUUUCUCCUCUAUUAUGGCGACAAGUAGCAGCAGUCGAUGACAGUAGAGCACUACCAGUAGUCAACAUUGUUCUCACAGGGCCCCAUGAUCAGUUUAAUGCUUUCUAAAUCAACUUACAUGACAUAUGCUACCUGCUUCACUAUCUCGGAUUAGUCGUAUUACUUUGACACUUCAGCAAAACCGGGAAUUUGUAGAGACACAUCCAGUGUUCACUGGUGUGUUAUUUCCCUGACCUUUUAUUUCACGAUGUCUAUUGUUCAGCCGCCAAGUUCAUUUCACAAAGUUAUGUAAACAACAGUAUUAUUUCUGUAUGAAUCUGUGACCAAGCCGAUCUGUUGUAUUAUUUAAUUUUUCCGUGCAGAAUACAACAGCUGGCCAAACGUCUCCACUGUACAUAGUUACUCUUGCUCCAUCAACAUCAUGAUGGAAACAUAACACUAUGAUGAUUAAAGUCUAGGCUCAGAAGCCAUUUCAGUCAACUAGAGUUUUGUGAAGGAAACUUGCAACUUUGGCCUGAAGCAAAACAAUUCUGACAUGGUUGCGGAAUGGAGUUGUUCAAGCUAUUUUUAUUUGCUGUUCUCUCUACAUUCAGUGAAGCUUUCCAAAAGCCUCCUACCGUCCUGAUUCACAAGGCCAAUAAUUUAGAAAACUCAUGGAAAAAUUCACAAGUAAACUUAAGUCAAAACCAUUGGGCACCCAACAUAAGAUAUCAUGCAAGACUCGGUGAUCAGGCAAAUGGGGCUGCUGCUGCCAACCAGGCUGCAGAAGUUUCAUUAGAUGUCCUAAAAGAUACAUUGAAAUCUAGUCAUAGAGUUGCAAAUGCUGAUGAAAAUGUUAAAAAUAAUGGUAUUAACCAUAAAGCAUUCAACAAUAAGAUUCCUAGCCUUGAAAUCAACAUUCCAGUGAAUCGAGAACAACAGCCUUCACACAAUGAUUUUGCAGACAAGGAACACUUAAACCAAGAAGAAUCCCAUGGAAAAAGUCGUAUCGUUUGGGAUUGGCAUGAUUUUUCAAUCAAUAUGGAAGAUUAUGUUGUUCCAGAACAAAAAGUACGUCGAUCACCUAUUAGUACAUCGGGUGAACCUUGGCCAUUACCACAAUAUUACAUCAAGAAACCUAAGGUUCUCCAAUUUUCUCCAAAUUUUAAAUUUGUUUAUUUAAAGCAUAGCUGUGAUAUCAUAGACCAUGCCAUCACACGUUACCGAAAGUACAUUCUUCAAGAUUCAUUACCAGAUCUAUUUUAUAAUAAUCUGAAGAAUGCACAUGGGUUUCAUUUCGAAGAAUCAAUUAAUAAAUAUGAAAGCAAAAUAUACAAGAAUGCUCCUGUCAUAACAACCUUUCAGAUUGACAUUCACACUCCUUGUGAAGGCUUAUAUCCUUCAGAUAAAACAGAGGAGUCUUAUGAUUUGGUUAUUAAAGAAUCUGGUUGCUAUCUGUCUGCCAAGCAAGUAUGGGGAGCCCUGCGUGGCCUGGAGACACUUAGCCAAUUAAUUGUAAAAAGUCCAGAUGGUGAUUUGUAUAUUAAAGAUGUUGUUAUUGGUGACUAUCCUCGCUUUACACAUCGAGGGGUCAUGAUUGACACUUCCCGGCAUUACCUGUACAAGGAUAUUAUUUUUGAUGUGCUGGAAGGAAUGGCACAGAACAAGAUGAAUGUCCUUCACUGGCACAUGGUUGAUGAUCAGUCAUUCCCUUAUGAAAGCAAAGUUUUCCCAGAACUUAGUGAGAAAGGUGCUUACCACCCAUCUAUGGUCUACAACCAUAAAGUAAUUAGUGAAAUCAUUCAAUUUGCUCGUUUACGAGGCAUACGCAUUGUUCCAGAAUUUGAUAAUCCAGGGCAUACAUAUUCUUGGGGUCUUGGCCGACCUGACUUACUAACUCAAUGCUAUGAGAGAAGUCGGCCAGUGAACGGCUAUCUGGGACCAAUCAACCCUACUAAAAACAUGAGUUAUACAUUCCUGAAAAAGUUACUUAACGAAGUUUUACAUGUUUUCAAAGACAAAUACAUUCACCUUGGUGGAGAUGAAGUGCCAUUGACUUGUUGGCAAUCAAACCCUGAAGUAGUUCGCUUUGCUGCUCAUCUAACUGGCUCUAAUAUAGCAGAAGACACAGAUGUCCAUAAAGUUUUGGAAUACUAUGAAAGAAGAGUUAUUAAUGACCUAGCAAAAAUUGGUAAAAGAAGACCAGAAGGAGUUCGCGUAGUUCUCUGGCAAGAGGUUCUUAAUAAUAACUUCCAGCUUCCAAACGAUACAAUCAUUCAGAUUUGGCAAGGUGAUAUGUUUGAUGUUGAGAGAGCAGCAAAACGAGGUCAUCAAAUUGUAUAUUCUACUUGUUGGUAUUUGGAUCUCAUUGAAUAUGGCAUAAAAUGGCCAAAAUAUUACACAUGUGACCCUGCUGAUACUAGUGGUGGUUAUGACUUUGAAGAGUCUGAUGUCCUUGGUGGUGAAGCCUGUCUCUGGUCUGAAUAUAUUGACAAUGAAGAAAUUAUGACACGUUUAUGGCCUGCUGCUUCUGCAACAGCUGAACGUUUAUGGAGUAGUAAAGAUGUAAAAGAUAUUGACAAAGCUGGUCAGCGACUUUAUGAGCACAGAUGCCGUAUGCUAAGUCGUGGUCUACGUGUUGGUCAGAUUAAUGGGCCUGACUACUGUCCUCGUCAUGGGCGCAUGCGAGAAUAUGAUCGGCCAAUUGUACAGGAACAUGACUGUGAAGGCUGUUCAAAACCGGUUGACGCUGAUGGUUUGACAUUUGUGGCAGUGUUUAUUGUUGCUGCUUUGCUCGGAGGAGUUCUAGUACAAUAUUCUCACAAUGGUGGCUUGGUUGGCAAUUUAAAGGCUUGUCGCAGUCGGACUAUCAUGUUCACCUUUAUGUUGUUGUUACUACUCUAUGUCAUGUGUUACACAACUAUCUGGGUACACAUUAUGGAUCUAAAACGCAUUUAUCCUUGGCGUCAGAAAAUCAUGUAAAUUCACCUCCCUCCCAACUAUCCCUUCAAUGCAAAAACAUCUACCAUGAUAAUUCCAAACUUUACUAUUUCCGGUUUUACAUGGAAUAAUUUUUUGGAAUGUGUUAUAAACAUUCAUUUUUUUUUUCUUUUCUUAGGCCUCAUUGAUGAAGUUUUUCAUCUGUGGAUUGUAUUUUCCCGUUACAGGGAAAAACGGAUAUAAUUCAAUGUCUUCAUUUAUUUAGGCUUUGAUGAGAUAUUUGAGGAGGACAUAAAAGAAAAAAUAAAGAAAAGAAAAGAACUUUCAUGGAAAAAAAAAUUACAAAAACAAUGUUUCCUAAUAUGGAAACAUACUAGAAAUGAAAGUAAAGAAAUAAUUUAUUCUUUCAUUUUUUUUUUUUUAACUUGAGAACUCUAGAAAAAAUUAUUGAAGGUUAUAUUCAUUUUUUAAAAAUUAACAACCCCACAUUGUAAAGCUUGAAUGUUUGAUGCAUGGAGAUAAUCUUCAGUUCAGUUAUUCAUAAAUAUCUAGAAUAAGAAAAAAAAUCUGUCACUGUCUAUUUCCAUACUACAACGUACAAUUCUUCGAUACUAUUUUUUUCAUUUUGUUUUUAUUCUUAUAAGUUAACAGAUUUUGUCUUGUUAUAAACAUAAAAGCUAAUAAAUGCAAGAUAUUUUUUUAAUUCUUAAAUCAACAAUUAAUUUUAAAGUCAUUAUUGCCUUUUCAAUAUUGUUUAGAAUCUGUCAUCAUAGAAAAGACAAAAGUUCAUUUCAAAGGUAUCUCCUUUCCCUGACUACCUUUUAAAUACUUAAAUACUUCUUUCAAAAAUCUGUUGAAAAUUGAUAACUUUUGUGAUAUUGUCCCAUUUAUCUUGGACUUCAUAAAAGUUUAGUUUUGUAAACUACAUGACUUACAUUGACAACUUGCCAAUGCUGUUGCCACCUGUGCAAUAGACGCUUGCAGUUUCACUUUCAAGUUAGUAGCUUGCUUCCCCUGUCUUCAAAGAACACUUAGUUGACUUUUAUUUUGUAUUAGGUAAAAAAAAAUGUCCACUGUGUAGUUUAAACACUGUCAAUAGUCCAUUGUAACAAUAAUACUUGCCCCUCUUUCUUCCAUUCUCUCUCUCUCUCUCUCUCUCUCUCUCUCUCUCUCUCUCACUAUAUAUAUAUAUAUAUAUAUAUAUAUAUAUAUAAUAUUUAAGUAGGAAAAAAAUUUACAAUGCUGAAACUGUAUGUAAGCAAAAUUAGUUAAAUAAACUUUUAAAGUUAUAUGUAAAAUCUUUAUGUUCAAUAUUUGAAAUAUAAAAAAGCUAAUGCUUGCUUCCUUUUAUUUUGACAUCUUAUAUUGCUUGAAUGAUUUAUUUUUUACAAAAAAAUGUUAUUCUCCUAAAUAAUACAAAUAUUUAUAGAAUAUAGCAGUUUGCAGCCAAGUAAACUGCUACAAUUAUAUGAACAAAAAGCUGGUGUGACUUUGAAUUAUUUCAAAAUUUCUCUUUUUAAUAGUAAUUUUCUGUUAAUAUUAAGAUCUAAAGCUAAAUAUCAUUUGGGUUUUGUAUGUGCCAACUAUUAUUGUCUUGUAGUAAAUUGGUUACAAAUAUUUUCAUUUAUAUGUUUAUUCAUUAAAUUAUAUUUCAAACUUAUAGGUGCCAAAUGAAUUAAAGACACUUAGAAUUUUUUUUAACAAUAUUUCAAACUUUAUUUUCUAAUCAUUUUCUCAUUUCACCAGUCAACAAAUGAAAAUCUUGAAAAACAGUUGUUCAUUAUCAGAAUUUAUACUGUACAGAUAGUGUUAAAUUAUAAAUAUCUUAUUUUAUUAGAACUUUAGUAUAAUGCAUAAUUAAAUUGCUUCUUUUUUUUUGUUUAAUAUAAUUCACUUCAAAACACACUUCUUUUUGACAGGAAUAGAUUGCAUGGAGCAAAAUACUGCUCACAUUUAAAUAUCAAUGAUCUCUAUGACCAGCCCAAUGCAUAUAUGUUGAAAUUUUAAAUAAUAAAAAUAUUUUUUAGAAUUACUGAGAAAAUUUCGUUAUACUGGAAAUUGAAACUUGUAAUAAUGUGAAAUAGACAAAGCAAGAAAGAAAAACUGUCUUAGAACAUAAUCUUCUGCAUACAGGCUUCAUCUAUAUGCAACCUAGAUACCUCACAUCAAACCAGUACUGUAUUCUCCAACAGCAACAAGUCAAUUGUGUCUCCUUUAACAGCACAAAUAUUCAGUCACUACACAUUUCAAGGAAACAGUUUUGUGCACCACACCCCUUUAGUCUUGGCCAACACCAAAUCUUCACAACCACCUUUGAUGCUCUCUCUCUUGGUGAUUUCACAUUUAUAACAAGUAAAAAUCUAUGUACCAAAGACUAUCCUUUUUCAAGGCUAGAAAAUACUUCAUCUCCAAAUGAUCGCUGACUCUCUACAAAGUACAAGUGAAACCCACAGUGGAAUAUUACUUCUACAUUUAAGACAGUACUAUUGCUUUAUGUAAAAACUUCUGAACUACAACC